AUGUGCUUAUCAACGCUGCGAAUAUUUUUCAAAAAGACGUUUAUAACACGGUUUGUGGUUGCAUUUGUACGGUGGUCUAAAACUCUGAUGGACAAGCCUCAAAUUAUCGGUCAUCUGCAUAAAGCCCUAAACUACACACUUUUUGACUGCAAAUGGCUUCCAGUUAGCACUAAAUUUGUCGUGGUUGGUUCCAAUCCACGUGACACUGGGCAAAUUCAGAUCUUUGACGUCACGGCUACCGAUCUCAAACUCGUCCUAGAGGCGGAGAAAUCUAAGUCUUACAAAUGCUGCACUUUCGGCGCCUCUCGUCUUCCUAACGCUCAUCUUGCCACAGGAGCAUUUGAUGGCCGCAUGGCCAUCUGGGAUUUGGACACGGGGGCUCACGGGGAGAUAAUCAACGCCAUUGACGGUGUAGGUGGUCUAGGAAUUGGUGAAGGGGCCCCUGAGAUCGCCACGGGCUCCCGCGACGGUUGUGUGAAGGUCUGGGACCCCCGUCAACCCAAGACUCCUGUAGUCACCAUAGGGCCCAGUGAUGAACAGGGUGGUGGUGACACGUCGGUGGUAGCUCCACGCGAUUGCUGGACCCUAGCCUUCGGUCACGCCUACAAUAUCCACGAUCGUUGCCUUGUAGCUGGCUACGACAAUGGAGAUAUUAAGCUCUUCGACCUCCGAGCUAUGCGCGUGCGAUGGGAGACAAAUGUGCGCAAUGGAGUGUGCUCGGUUGAGUUCGAUCGGAAGGACAUAGACAUGAACAAGCUAGUAGCGACUACGUUAGAGUCGAGGAUUUACGUCUUUGAUAUGCGCACACAACAUCCACAGCAUGGUUUCGCCUCAUUGACAGAGAAGGCGCACGACUCGACUGUAUGGCAGGUGCGACAUUUGCCACAACAGCGUGACAUCUUCAUGACUACGGGAGGGAAUGGGUCACUGUGCUUGUGGAAGUAUCACUACCCAAUGAAGCGUCAGAGAAUGGUGAAAAUGCCAGCAAGCGACGGAGAAGGAGAAAAGGAAAGAGAGGUGGCUGAAGGUGUAAUGGGAAAGGUUGAAUUGCUGCAAAAUAUCACUCUAGCCUCCCAGCCCAUUGCCAGUUUGGAUUGGUGCAAAGAAAAGAUGGGACUGGCGGUGUGUGUCGGUUUUGAUCAGGCACUUCGAUUACUCAUUGUGACAAAGCUGAAUCGAGUGUAA